AUGGUGUAUAAUGCUCAAUCUAAAAAGCCUACUCGUGUACUUGUACUUGAACGUCCUUUAGUAGGGGAUGGUAUUCCUUUAACCAGACCCUUCGAUGGUCCUACAGUGCCAGGGUUGCGACAAACAAUGAGUGACAUGGCAUUCCUAGAGUCUUUUCCUGAGCUUAGCCGCGCUUUACGUGAUUUCAAUACCUUGUGCCAGGAGUUUGAGAACACCUAUGUUUACAUUCGUGGAUUUGCAACACACACACUGGAAAAAUUACGCUUGAUUUAUGAAAAGGCCUACCGUGAUUGUGUCGGAGACUCGGUCAAACUACAAAAGAUGCUUGAUCGGGGCAUCGCGGUCGAGCAAGAGAAUUUUGCGGAGCUCAUGGAAAAUGUUGUCCUUGGAAAACUAUAUCAAAAACUAUUUAUCCAUUCACUUGUGCCCUGUUAUUCUGAACGUGAUAUUGUGAUCGAUGAUAUUGUCUCCAAGUAUCAUCAUUACAUGUUCGCUGCUGGCGCUCAUCGGGGGAUCGAUGUUGGUGAAUGUUUAGCUGCGACUGGUAAUCCUCUGCAACAAGAAGCACUCCGGAAACUAGAAUUGCCUGAAAAAUGGAGGACAAUGCGGUUUGAUCUUGCUCUACAAGGAGCAGCAAACUUGCUCCGAGCUUGGGAUCAAGAUAAUCAAGAUGGCUCUGCAGGGCCAUUUUCUUUGAGUCAAAGAACCGCCAUGGCAAAUCAUUUUCAUGAAACCGAACAAGAGAGAAGUCGUCACCAACUUCGAGAAUCUUUAAGGGCCCUUGUUCAGGAUGACAAGUACAAGUCAGGGAAAAUGGCCAACAGCAUUGUAUCAGAUGAGACUGAAGCUGACCAAGAUGAGGAAGACGAUCCGUUGGAAGACGCAGUUUGGAACACUCCAGUGGAGAAAGCCUAUUGUAUCAAGUUGGUUCUGGAUAUGAUUGCUGCUGCAGCGGAGGAACACCUCAUGAAUGGUCAAGGUUUCGGAUUUGUUCAUAAAAAACGUUCAGAGGUUUCUGUGACAACCGAUGACUUUAUUCCACUAUUAGCCAUUGUGAUCAUUCAAGCUAAAAUCACACGCCUUGGCAGUAAUCUGUUCUACAUCCAGCGAUUCCGUAUCAACACACCCAAGCCUGACCUUGAUUUUGCUCUGGUCACUUUUGAAACAUCCAUCAAUUUCCUCAAAUCCGAUCCCCUUAAACUUUUGAACGUCGAUAAUACCCCGACGCCGUUGUCGUCUCAGAGCCUCAAUUCAGCUUCAAGGGUUUCGCUUCAAGGAUCUCAUCCUCGAAUCGAGAUUGAUCAAAAUACUCCCGUAGAAGAGAACCAAUUAAUUCCAUGGGGGACCCCGUCACAAACAGGCUGGGGAUUUUCCCCACCGAAUGCAGAGUCAGAUGCUUUGCCGUUUGACCUGUCGACAUCAUGCUCUGAAAAGAGUACGUUAGGGGCCCCACCCAUAGAGUCAUCUCUAGCGCGCCCAUUCCUUUCAACCCGAGUCAGCGAUUCGCAACAAUACCAGCAACGCCAUUUCAGGUCCGCAUCCAUGAAUUUUGAUGACCGUUUCCGUAGAGUAUCCCAAGCAGACGAAGGCGGCAAUGGAUCAAGCAAUAACAAUAGCUGGUCAAGAAGCCCAAUGCUUGGCCCACGAUUCACAUCCGGCGCCAACUCACCCCUUGGAACAACUUUCUCAAGCCAGGGAGAGGCAGGGUUCGGCUCCCUACCACGUAGGCCUUCACAUCAAUUGACGCAAAUGCCACAACGACAUUCAAUUUCUAAUGUCCAGGCUCACACGUAUACACAUUCACAACAGAACCACCACUUGUCAAGGAUCUCUGGCGAAUACAAUCGCCCUGCUCUUCAACCUAUGCAUUCCCCUAGUAUGACUCCACAACUGGUGGUCAAGCCGCAGAUCAUGCUGCCACCACCAAAGACACCACCAAUGAGUGGCCAAAACACCACAGGUCGAGCCAGGCCAAUAUCAAUGGGUAUGGGAGCGCUUGCGUCUUCAACCUAUUCUAGUUCAUAUGGUGCAGCAGGGGGUGCUGUGACGCGCAAGUCCUUUUCCUCAAACUACUCCAGUCCUGCUACUAGUCCACAAUUGGGACCAGGAAUAGGAAGUAAAUUUGACUCACGAUCCAACAGUCUGGUUUCAGGAGCGCCCCCGAUGUCUCGGGCCAAUUCGGCGAACAUUGUUUCUACUGUCAAUGAAUUGACUCUUGGGUCAAAUCCCAGUGCGAAGCAGGGAGAUCAAGGAGAGCCUCUUUCGCCAGUAUCGCCUAUAUCGCUCUGGACCUCUAAAAUUAUAACUCAAACUCCACAUUCACCCAUGCUAUCGGCUUCGCCUUCUCAGGUACAUGGAUCUCCGGUUGAAGAAGAGCCGCCAGCCCCAUUGCUAGAUUCCAAAACAUCAGAGACUUCGAAGCUGUCGAGGUCCCGUUCUAGAAUGAAUGCGCCAGGUCGGAUCAGAACAUCCUCUACAUCAACUAUCUCGUCCAUUGCCACCCCUACGACUCCUUCGACUUUCUCGUCUGUUAGUGGCAACGCUUUACUAGAAUCUUUGGCUGCAAAUGCUCAACUAAUUAAUCCUAUGACAUCUCAAGGGCCAUGUUCUGGUGCAGGUACAGGUACAGAUGCAAACACAGGUACAGGAGCACAUCCUUCCUCAUGCAUUCCUUUGGGUAACACAGAAGGUAUUCAUCCGCAAACACGUACCAGUCGACAAAAUUCUGUACGAUUGUCAAUACCAAGGUUGUCGCUCCCGCCCUCGGCCCCUUCGACUGCAUUUUGCAAGACAACCGUCAAUGCGAUCACACAUGCGACCACGAGUGUAGAUGACUUGGAGCCUGCUUCGACAGUGCUGGGAACGGCAGAUCAGUAUGGGACGCCGAUUAUUGGCGCCAUCACGCCCCCAACGCCCGGAACCCCCUCUUCGGCCAUGGCGCUACCCUGUAGUAGAAGCAUCACCAGUACCGAGACGCGCCCAUUUGGAUCAGGCAGUAAACCUAAUGCUUCAGUAUACCCAAAAGUGGAUAGUGGCAAGUUCGUUGGGUCGCAUCAUAGCGCUACUAGCAGCACAUCCAGUAGUACAAAGAGCUACUACGGAAGCACGGGGGUUCCUACCAGCAGUGGCAACAGCAGCGGUGUGAGUAGCAGUGCUAUUAUUGAGCACUGUAUUAGUGGAACUGCACAGGAGUUUGAGUCGAGUUUCCGGAAUGAGUCCUACCUAGAUUCUAACCCACAGAGCUUGGAUAGACGUCGUGAUAGUGCAACGAGUUUGAGAGGUAUCAAGUCUGUGAGUUCUCAGCCUCAGGUGAUUUUACUCGGAAACCAUACCCUAGUUGGCAAUGUUGUUGUGGACCAUCAUCAUCCUGGCGGGACACGCCCGCCGCGUGAUCUAGGAGGAGAAGGCGAAGGGGGAGGUAGAACUCGUCAGACAAUUCCAUUUGGAGAUCUUCCAUCGUCCUUGCCAACCUCAAACUCUUUACGAUCACAAACCCCACAUCCCCUCGAGAGCUCACGGCAAAAGGCAAAGCAGACAAUGUUGGGUGAUUUUUUGAGUGAGCUAGCCAAGGUUGAAGAUGGCGAUGUACUUGUUGGCAAUAGACGCGAUGGAGUCAUGAAAGUUUUUCAGUGA